AUUAAGUAAAAUGUUAUAAAAAGCGUUUUCCUUGCCAAAAAUGGUUGGGAUCUGAAUUUCUUCUUCUUGCGCAACUACUCACUUAACUCGUCAACUUUUCCUUUGAGGAUAUUUCUGCGUAGGACACUUUUGCUCGAAAAAGCUUAACCAAAUUUUACCUAAAAAACCUCCCCAUUAAUGCACUUCGGAUCUUCAAAACUACCCAAUCUAACUCCCAUCACCAUCCCAAGACUGUAUGCUCACUUGCAUAACCAAGUCGGUCUGACGGACAGGAUUUUGUACGCCCAAUUGUUGAUUAGUAAGGAGACCCAGUUGAGAUUACAUACCAUCUGCUGAAAUUCAGGUUCCACUGAUGUCUGUUCGUGUUGCAGUUACAGCGAUUCCGCUAAGAAAGUGGCAUAUUUGUAAUUCAAGGUCUUGAUGAAGAGUACGAAGCUGGAUAUUGCAAGUUGGAAUGCUUAGGGAGCCUAAACAAACACAAUGAUUAGCAAACAACUAUUAUUGACCUAUCUGUAUCUAUUGGUUUAUAUCCUAUUGUCCUCCGGAGUAAUUUUGUAUAACAAGUGGGUUCUCUCACCAAAAUAUUUCAAUUUCCCAUUGCCAAUUACACUUACCAUGAUUCAUAUGGGCUUUUCUGGCUUGGUGGCAUUUUUUCUGGUUCGAGUCUUUAAGGUUGUAUCACCUGUCAAAAUGACAUUUGAAAUAUAUGCUACAUGUGUGAUUCCUAUCAGUGCCUUCUUUGCCUCGAGCCUUUGGUUUGGCAAUACUGCGUAUUUGUUCAUCUCUGUGGCCUUCAUCCAGAUGCUCAAAGCCCUAAUGCCAGUGGCCACUUUUCUCAUGGCUGUUAUAUGCGGCACUGACAAAUUAAGAUGUGAUCUAUUUUUGAACAUGCUUUUGGUCAGUGUUGGUGUAGUCGUAUCUUCAUACGGGGAAAUCCACUUUAACAUAGUGGGUACAGUUUAUCAAGUUACGGGAAUAUUUGCUGAAGCUCUUAGAUUGGUCAUAACACAAGUUCUACUCCAGAAGAAGGGCUUAACCCUCAAUCCUGUCACGAGCUUAUAUUACAUUGCUCCUUGCAGCUUUGUGUUUCUCUUUGUUCCAUGGUAUCUUUUGGAGAAGCCUGGAAUGGAAGUCACACAGAUCCAAUUUAAUUUCUGGAUUUUUUUCUCGAAUGCACUUUGCGCCUUGGCUUUAAACUUCUCCAUUUUUUUAGUAAUUGGUAGAACUGGUGCAGUGACCAUUCGAGUUGCUGGGGUCCUCAAAGACUGGAUACUCAUUACACUCUCGACCAUUAUUUUUCCAGAGUCGACAAUCACCCAGCUAAAUAUCAUUGGAUAUGCUAUUGCUUUAUGUGGUGUUGUUAUGUACAACUACUUGAAGGCCAAGGAUGCUCGUUUAACCCAAACUCCCGUAGAGAGUAUUCCAGAUCGAGCAGCAAAGGUUUAAUAAGAUGGAAAAUAAGUAAUCUGAUCUGUAUGUUCCAGAUGACAGUAUAAACCAGAGUCCUGGAGGGAUAAAUGGAAGAAAUGGUUCGAAUGCAAGAGGCUGUGUCAUCUAGGUCAAAGCUAGCAUGGUAACUGCUUUCAAAACUUGUGUUGGUUCGACCAGAUUUUUUUCACCGUCAUUUUACAGUAGUUUUAUUAGUGAAACUGAAACAGAUAGGCAAAAGCAGCUCUCAAAUAUUUUAUAUUCCAAUCCUUCUGUGAAGUAUUGCCUUUUUUGAGCAUUCAAUGAAAUACUAGUCUCGUGCAUGAUGAGAUCCCAUAAUUUGCAGAGUAAGAAGGUUUAACUUCAAUA